AGGCAAAGGCAAAGGCACUACUUAAACCCCUCAAUCUUUUGGUCUAAAAUUGGCUUUAGUUUCCGUUAUCCGUCUCCUCCUCUCUUUCACAAAGUAUAUAUAAUAUUAAUUGAAGUAAAAUCCCCAAUUCCCCAAAUCCACCCCUAUUCACGGCCUGCAAACCCUACGACGAAAACCCUAAUUCAGAUGUUCCUUCAAUUCUGAUUCGCUGUUCCCAAAUUCUAUUCGGAAGUCCCUUAUAUUUGUAUUUUGUCCACGUACGCCCUUUAUAUACUUGUCCAUUUAUUAUAUUCAAAUAUAUACAUAGAGAGAGGGAGAGAGGGGGAUUAAGGAUUUGAGUUAGUGAGGGAAACGUUAAAGAGAAAUUGAGAAAAGCGAAUGGAAGGGACACCACAUCCAAUACCGAGAACGGUAGAAGAGGUCUUCAACGACUUCAAGGGCAGACGAGCUGGCUUGAUUAAGGCUCUCACCGCUGAGGUUGACAAGUUCUAUCAACAGUGUGAUCCUGAGAAGGAGAACUUAUGCCUAUAUGGACUUCCAAAUGAGACAUGGGAAGUUAACUUGCCUGUUGAGGAGGUGCCUCCUGAGCUUCCAGAGCCUGCCCUGGGCAUAAACUUUGCUAGGGAUGGGAUGCAGGAGAAGGACUGGCUAUCAUUGGUUGCAGUUCACAGUGAUUCGUGGUUGCUUGCUGUUGCUUUCUAUUUUGGUGCACGAUUUGGGUUUGGCAAGAAUGAGAGGAAAAGGCUUUUCCAGAUGAUAAAUGAUCUUCCAACCAUAUUUGAAGUUGUGACAGGAAAUGUUAAGCAGCCAAAGGAACAAUCUGCUAAUCACAACAGCAGUGGCAAAAGCAAAUCAAGUGCUAAGGUGUCUCGUCAAUCUGAACCACCAAGUAAGAUGGUAAAGAUGUCUCCACCAUCUAAGGAUGAGGAUGAGAGUGGGGAAGAAGAUGAGGAAGAUGAUGAACAGGGUGCUACUUGUGGGGCAUGUGGGGAUAGCUAUGGUGCUGAUGAAUUCUGGAUUUGUUGUGAUAUCUGUGAGAGAUGGUUCCAUGGAAAAUGUGUGAAGAUUACACCUGCAAAGGCUGAGCACAUCAAGCAGUACAAGUGCCCGAGUUGCAGUAGCAAGAGGGCUAGAGUUUAAAAGUAGGUUCAGAAGUUGGACUUCAAGCAAUUUAAACGAAGCAGACAAGGUCAGGAGCAGAUAUUGGCCUCGAGAAAUUGCCUCCAUAUUGGCGUUUAGUAUGCUGCAUGUGGGGAACAUUCUUUGCAUUUUAAAUGAAUGUAAUCACAUUACAGUCUUUGAUUUGUCUAAAACCCAUUGUAAUCACAUUACAAUAGGUAAGGGGGAUGUCAUUCCUUUCCACUGCGGAUGUAAAGUAACUUUCCUUUACCUCUUUUUCUGUUUUUUUUUUCCCAAAUUGUUCUUCUGUAGCAGAUCUGCUGUGGUUUGUGGUUUAAGAGGAAGGUGGUUAGUUGAUCUGUGAUUCAUAUUCUCAGAUCUUGCAAAUCGUCUAUCAGAUCUGAUUGUUCAUCACUUAUUGAAGUUGGACUCUUGAAUUCUGUUUUAAUGUCUUUAUUCUCUUUGU